CGUCCCGCGAUGCUGCAACUUCCCCUGGUGGUGACGGCUCAGGUGGACCUGGUCCUGGUCCUGGUGUCCCUGCUGGCCCUCUGGAACCGUCUCAGCCGGCUCGGCUCCCCCGCCGCCGUGGUGUUUGAUGAGGUCUACUACGGCCAGUUCGUGUCUCUUUACAUGAAGAGGGUGUUCUUCAUCGAUGACAGCGGCCCGCCACUCGGUCACAUGGUCCUGGCUCUGGGAGCCUACCUGGGAGGAUUUGACGGGAACUUUGUGUGGAACCGCAUCGGAGCAGAGUAUCCCUCCAGGGUGAGUGUUUCCAGUCUGCGGCUGCUCCCUGCUCUCUGUGGAGCUCUCUGCGUUCCUCUGGUUUACCUGUUGACUCUGGAGCUGAAGUAUUCCCACCUAUCUGCUCUUGGAGCUGCUCUGCUGCUGCUGUUGGAGAACUCUCUGAUUGUCCAAUCCCGUUUCAUGUUACUGGAGUCAGUCCUCAUCUUCUUUGUGCUGUUGGCUUUCUUCUCAUACCUCCGUUUCCACAACUCCUCCCCCAGCUCCUGGUCCAGGUACGGCUGGCUGGUCGUCUGCGGAGUCUCCUGCUCUGCAGCUGUCGGGGUAAAGUACAUGGGCGUGUUCUCCUACCUGCUGCUGCUAGGCGUGGCUUCUUUUCACACCUGGAAGUUGAUCGGAGACCGAACUGUCAGUCAUUUGAGUGUGUGUGUUCAGUGUGUGUGUAGAGUUGUGUGUCUGCUGCUGUUUCCUGUUCUGCUCUACGUGUUCUGGUUCUACGUUCACCUCAGCAUCCUGAACCGUAGUGGACCACAUGACCAGCUGAUGAGCUCUGCAUUCCAGGCCAGCCUGCAGGGCGGUCUCUCCAGGAUCACCCGGGGUCAGCCUCUGGAAGUGGUGUAUGGUAGUCAGGUGACCCUCAGAAGCUCCUCCUCCCAGCCCGUCCCCUGCUGGCUCCACUCCCACAAAGCCAACUAUCCAAUCAGGUAUGAAAACGGGCGUGGCAGCUCGCACCAGCAGCAGGUCACCUGUUACCCCUUUAAAGAUGUCAACAACUGGUGGAUCGUCAAAGACCCUACAAGACAGGAACUGGUGGUGGACACUCCUCCCCGACCCGUCCGUCAUGGUGAUGUCAUCCAGCUGGUUCAUGGGAUGACCUCACGCUUCCUGAACAGUCACGAUGUGGCAGCUCCCAUGAGUCCUCAUUCCCAGGAAGUGUCUGGAUAUGUGGACUUCAACGUUUCCAUGCCGGCGCAGAACCUGUGGAGGGUGGACCUCUCCAACAGGGAGGCGGAGUCAGAGGUGUGGAAAACCAUCUUGUCUGAGGUCCGAUUGGUCCACGUCAACACAUCAGCCGUCCUCAAGCUCAGUGGGGUGUCUCUUCCAGACUGGGGUUUCCACCAGUUGGAGGUCGUCGCAGAGAAACUCUUCAAAGUUCACAGCGGCAGUCUGGGCUGGACGGUGGAGGAGCACCGCUACGGAACCAGUCAGGAGCAGAAGGAGCUGGAGGCCGAGCUUCAUUUACCCACUCACAUUGACGUGGACCGAAAGAUUUCCUUCUGGGCCAAGUUUGUGGAACUGCAGUGGAAAAUGCUGACGGUGAAACAGGAAGAGGCAGAACACAAAUACAGCUCCGCCCCUCUGGACUGGAUCACCAUGGAGACCAACAUCGCGUACUGGCUGCACACAUCCACCAAUGCUCAGAUCCACCUGAUUGGGAACCUGGUGUCGUGGGUUGUGGCUAACGUCAGCCUGCUGGCCUAUCAGCUGCUGGCUCUCGUCUACGUGCUGAGGAGGAGACGAGGCCUGAAAGACCUCCCUGAUGGUGUGUGGCAGCAGUUUGUGUGUCUGGGGUGUGUGUGUGUCGGUGGAUGGUCCGUCAACUUCCUUCCCUUCCUGCUGAUGGAGAAAACUCUGUUCCUGUACCACUACCUGCCCGCCCUGUGCUACCUGCACCUGCUGAGCCCCGCCCUGCUGGAGCACGUACACACCCAUCUGCUCAGUGGUGCGACCCAGCGGCGUGCUCUCCGUGUGUGUGCCGCGGCUGUACUGGCCUCCAUCUUCCUGUGUUACCGGACCUUCAGCCCGCUCACCUACGGCAGCCCCGAGCUGUCGGCCAAUCAGCUGCAGGCGCUGAAGUGGAAAGACAGCUGGGACAUCCUGUACCGCCGCCGCUAGCCACGCCAUUCGUCUUGCCUCCACGGUCGAUCCAUCAGUCGGUACAGACGAACGAGGGUCACCCGAGUGCACCCGCGGGUGUCUGAGCUCAUCGGGCAGGAGGAGCUUUAACGGUCGGGAUGACUGACAGGUGACACGUCAGCAGGUCGGCUGAUGUGAAGUCAUAUUUCAAGAUAAAAGCCUAACAUGACGCGUCAUCAUUCAUACGUAAAAACAUAUUUUUGUUUUCAUGAAAUGGUGAAGUGUUACAUUAAACACUGGAUAUGUUUUCUAUGUUGUACUGUUAAUAAAGUGUAAAUUUA